AUGGAAGAUCUUUAUAUAUCGUCGGCCACGGCCGCGUCCACCAACAAUAACGUGGACGACUCGCCGAAGAGUAAAUGGAACGGUAGGUUGACCAUAUUGCCGGAGACUGUCGAGGUGGCGGACGGCGGGGAUGGUGGAAAGCCCCCGAUGUUGCCGCCGGAUGACAAGCGCAGGAACCGCAGGAAGUCAUGGCAAAUGGGUAAGCUGGACAAGAAGCGCAGGAAAAGCGUGUCCGUGCUCUCACCCAUUCCCGACGUCGAACAGUUAGAUCCGCUAGAGUCCAGUUUUUACAAGUCCAAAAGAAACAACUGGUGGAAUAUCUUCUCGCACGAAUCUUGGGCUCGUUCUCGGAGAAAUUCAGAUUUUAGUACCGGCAAUGAACGCAUUCCAUACAAAAGAGGGAAGAGUCGUAGCGUCGACCAUGGGCUUUCUUCGCCAUUCGACUUAGAUUCUUUGCGGAGUAAAGUUGAGGGCAGAUUUGAGAGUGUUGACAAACUUAAUAGAGGUUCCGGUACGGAUGGGGAAAGCCAGAGCGGCAGCAAAGAGCAGCUUAGCGAAAGAAAAAUGCCUAAGCUUCCUCCUAUUGCUACCAUCACGUAUAAGGUUGAAGCGUCGGACACAUUGACUUCAGUAGCAGCUAGGUUUGAUACGACACCAUCCGAGUUAGCUAUACUUAACCGAUUAUCUUCACGCACACUAUUUCCUGGACAGGCUCUUCGUGUGCCAGAUAAAAAACGAAUAUCAGUGUCCGAAUCUGAUGCGUCUCAAGGAGGUCUUAGCAAUUUAGAUUUAUCUGAAACUAACAGUAUCACAUCAGUAGAUGGAGAAAGUAGACCUGGAUCUGGACCUUCAACUGGCAAUGAUAAUAAAGAUAUCAUUGACAAGAGAGAAGAUGAUAUUCUGGAUACAUUACGUCCAUCAUCUCCAAAGCCAGGUCAUCCAGAACGUAUUGGUUCUGCAGUAUCUCCUUCAUCUAGCAGAUCGCAUUCGCGCGGUGUAGAAAGGUUCCUUAAAAUAAAUGUUAGACACAUCACUGAUGGACAAGGUGUUGUGGGUGGUGUUUUAUUGGUCACUCCUAAUGCGGUUAUGUUUGAUCCCAAUGUUUCUGACCCGUUGGUUAUUGAACAUGGUCCCGAGUCUUACGGUGUCAUAGCUCCUAUGGAAUUUGUGGUGAAUGCUGCCAUAUAUUAUGAUAUAGCGCAUAUGAGAGUUGCUGGAUCUGAUAGUGAGAAUGUUACAAAACCAGCAAUUUAUCAUUUAUCCCCGGUUCCUAAGCCUGAAACAAUUGAAGACAGUGAACAUAAAUCCUCAACAAUGUUAACUACUAUGCAGACUGACUCAUUAGACAGUGCAACAUUAGAUUUACAGAUAUCUCCUGGAGGUAGAACCGAUUCUCUCUUGGCUAAAGAUGAUACUUUCCCAGAACUUAGAUCAUCAACUGAAGACGAAGAAGAAGAUGGUAGUAUUUGUUCAUGCAAUGCACAGAGAAAUGAUGGAGCUGCAUUUCCAAAAGCAUUUGAUCGUGAUCUAGUUACACCAAGUCCUAUGAAUAGACCUAGUGAUGCAUUGAAAAGAUCAGAUAAAGAAUCUGCUAUAGAAAAUAUUAGCAAUGAAGAUGAUAGACCACUUUCUUCAAUGUCAGCUGAACAAGAUGCUGUUUGUAGUAUACGUAAUAUGGAACAGCGCAGGCAAUCUUCGAUUGACCAACAUUGGGCAAUGCCAAAUAAAGUUAGAUCUCUUGAUGACGAACCUCCAGCUCAUCAUGCAGUACAAGAAGCUGUUGAAGAUUCUGAAACAUCAAGUGGUUACCUAGUUAAACAGUCUUGUCAUGAUUCAGGAAUUGAUAUUCGAGACCCACCUGUGUUAUCAGUACCUCGUAAAACUGUCUAUUCAGAUGCUGAUAUACUUUUAUCAGAAUCUGAGUUUCUUCCACCAGUGCCUGUUUUACCAUUUUCAUCUGAUCAUCUCAAUGAUACGGUUCAACUACGUAAAAAGAAAACUACAUCAGUAUCAUUUAGUUUAGAAGAUUCUAAAGAACAAGAUACUGCAAGUACUACAGAAGUUCAAAAAAUUGAUGAACAAUCUGAUAAACAGGCUCAGGAAACAAAAAAAAAUAAAAUGUUAAAAAGGCUUUCUUAUCCUCUAUCUUGGAUGGAAGGAUUCACUGGUGAUAAAGAUAGUGAAAAAGACGGAUCAGUUCCAUCUUCUGCUGAAUCAUCUCAUCUAUCUCAUUCAUCCAGUGUGUUCUCUAAAGUUUUUUCAAGCUCACCUAUAAACAUGGUGACUGAUUUUGGUUCGGGUCUGUUCCUAAUGAAAACACCGAGCGAGGAGAGUGGGCGAUUCCAAUUCCCGCCACCUCAGGACUGUUCGCCCGCCCUGCCUUCAACCACCCCAUCUAAACGAGAAGGCCUCACUAACUUCUCGCCGUCAUCAAUUAUUAACAGCGUAGGGCGUUCAUCAGUCACUACGUUUAUACGCCAACAACACAGUAACUCAAACAGUCGUUCAGAUAGUCAGAACUCUUCAAAAACUGUACCUCCAAAAUUAGACUAUCGAAGUAUGGUAUCAGUAGAUGACAUGCCUGAAUUAUUUGUGUCUUUUGAAAAAUUAAUACCAAGACCCGUCCAUACAUUUGAAGAACCGCCUCCUCUUUAUUUGAGACUUCGAAUGGGUAAACCAAAAGACAAGAAAAUACCAAAGUCAACUCCAAUUAUGUCAUAUGGCAAGAAAAAGAUGAAGCCUGAGUAUUGGUUUAGUGUUCCUAAAAACAGGGUGGACGACUUAUAUCGUUUUCUAAUGUUAUGGGUCCCUCACUUGUAUGGUGACCUUGAUGAAGAAAUUGUAGCUUGCCGUGGAUUUGAGUUAGUUGAAUCUGAUACAGAAUUAUGGGAAGAAGCUGAAACACCACCUGGAGAUAAUAGUGAUAAAAAGCUAGAUAGACAUGAAAGUGAAGCAGGUGAUCUUACACGAGAAUCUUGGGAGGUGUUAAAAGCGCCAUAUUCAAAAUUGUACUCAAUGCUGAAGACUCAGGCCGAUCAAUUCGGAUCGUCAGAUUCGCAAGCAAACAAUGAGGUGCUGUCUAUGAGUGAUGAACUUCGCCGAGCCUUCUACGCAAAUAGCGUAAAUUCAUUAGAUUUUGAUUCUUAUAUUCCCGACUUGCAUGGCAUUACUGAGAUUUUGACCGAAGAACACAGAAAACAGUUGAGUAGACAUUUACCGGCCAGAGCUGAAGGAUACAUGUGGACCCUGAUUUUCAGCACCCUGCAGCACGGUUUCUCACUGAACUCUAUGUACCGCAAGAUGAGCAAAGUCGAAAGUCCCAUUCUUCUAGUCAUUCAAGAUACACAGAAUAAUGUAUUCGGUGCGUUAACAUCGUGCGCCUUGAAGAUGAGCGAUCAUUUUUACGGUACCGGCGAAUCUCUGUUGUUUACGUUUUGUCCCGACUUUCAGGUGUACAACUGGACUGGCGAUAACAUGUACUUCAUAAAAGGCAACAAUGAGAGUUUAUCGAUCGGAGCAGGAGAUGGCAAAUUUGGCUUAUGGCUCGAUGGUGACUUGAACCAAGGCCGCACUGAAGCAUGUAACACCUACGGCAACGAACCUUUAGUCAAUGAACAAGAUUUCGUUGUCAAAAUCCUUGAAUGCUGGGCGUUCCUUUAAACCAAAUAUAAACCAUUUACGAACACAAUUUUCACAUACACAUUUUUUUUUUCUAGGUGCUAAAUUAUUUUUUUGUUAAGUUUUCGUAACAAUAACAAAUAAUUUAUUUCAUCUUCAACCGCACCAAAAAUCCCUCAUCUGUUCCCCACCUCUAUUGUACCUGUUUGUAUAUACGUCUCUAAUAUUACAUUUUAAAAAAUAUAGUUAGAAAGAGAAUUUACACCACAUUUUAGCUCAAUAUUAUAUGGAAGUGUAGUUACUUAGUUUUUUUUUUUUUAUAUACAUGUGUAAUGAAAAUGUAUUAUUAUAUUGUAAUAUUAGUAAUUGUCUAGUCUCAGUGAGCUAAAGUGUCAUUGGUGUUGCCAGUCUAAAUCCAAACCCUUGAAACAAUCAUGCGGCAGCACUGUAUGUUUUUUAAAAAUAUAUUUUGUAAUAUUUAAUAUAAAAAAUAAUUCUGUCUUAUAUCCAGGGACCACUAGUCAUGGAACGCAUAAGCACUUUACAAACCUAUAAAAUAAAUCUUCUUUAAUAAAAAAUAAUCAUUCCACCCCUAUUUAUCUACCAUUAGACAAUCACAAAAACUCAAUUUUCCUGUCCCACUUUUGUCUGAAUUUCUUAAUUUUUGUUUUGUGUUAUAUUAUUAUUAUGUUGUGGCAACACUGAUUUGGUAGCUGGGCGCUGUAGUCCUUAGAUUAUUAAAAAAUUUAUAUUACUACAUGUAUUAAAAAAUUAAAAAAAAAACGUCAAAAUAUAAA